UUCGGACAGCAGUGUGCGGGGUGGCAGGCGGGAGAGCUGCCAAGCUGACGAGAAGCUGGUCCGAUUGGGGGCCGCUCCGCCGCCGCCGCCGCUGUGAUGCGGCGCCCGUGCUGCGCCGGGCGGUGGAGUCAGAGCCAGGGCGCGGGAGCACGAGCUGCAACCUCAGCACCAGCUGCGGCGGCGGCAGCACCUGCACCAGCUCCCGAGCCUCGCGCUGCGUCCGCCGCCCCUCGGCGACAGGGGCCGCCGCCCCCACGCUCUCUAUGGACGUCAAGGCGGCCCCCAACGGGGUGGCCACCAUCGAGGACCGGAUCCUGCGGAUCACCGGCUACUAUGGCUAUUACCCGGGUUACUCCAGCCAGAAAAGUACCUCCAGAUCCUCAGCUGCUCGGUGUAAACCAGGAGCCAACUGCCCCAGUUCCCACAGCGGCAUCAGUCGACAACUGUCUCCUCUGUCUGUCACCGAGGAGUCUUCGGCUCCUAUUCUAGAACUUCAGAGUCGAGGAGCCUCUGGAGUUUGUGGACACAGAAUCGAGAGACAGAGCCGGACAGGGGACGAUGGGACACAGCCUUGUCCUGAGAGCAGCAGCCAGGAGAACAGGAUCAAGGCCCGCUGUCUGUCCUGCACGUCGGUGGUUCUCAAGGCUGUGUGGGGACUCUUGAUCAUCUUGUCGGUGUCAUCGUCUUGGGUUGGAACCACACAGAUUGUAAAAAUCACAUAUAAGAACUUCUACUGCCCAUUUUUCAUGACUUGGUUUUCAACAAACUGGAACAUUAUGUUUUUCCCAGUCUAUUAUUCUGGUCAUCUGGCCACUGCUCAAGAAAAGCAAUCUCCAAUGAAAAAAUUCAGGGAAUGCAGUCGGAUUUUUGGUGAAGAUGGCCUGACCUUGAAGUUGUUUCUUAAAAGAACUGCUCCCUUUUCUAUCCUAUGGACUUUGACAAAUUACCUGUACUUAUUGGCUUUGAAGAAGCUGACGGCCACGGAUGUGUCGGCUCUGUUCUGUUGUAACAAAGCCUUUGUCUUCUUGCUGUCCUGGAUCGUGCUCAAGGACAGGUUCAUGGGAGUCAGGAUAGUUGCUGCAAUAAUGGCAAUCACUGGCAUUGUCAUGAUGGCCUACGCAGAUAACUUCCACGCUGAUUCCAUCAUAGGAGUGGCCUUUGCAGUGGGGUCGGCCUCCACAUCUGCACUAUAUAAGGUUUUGUUUAAGAUGUUUCUAGGAAGUGCCAACUUUGGUGAAGCUGCACACUUUGUCUCCACCUUGGGUUUCUUCAAUCUGAUCUUCAUCUCCUUCACACCGGUCAUCCUGUACUUCACCAAGGUGGAGCACUGGUCAUCUUUCGCAGCACUGCCUUGGGGUUGUCUGUGUGGCAUGGCAGGGCUGUGGCUGGCCUUCAACAUCCUGGUGAAUGUAGGUGUGCUGCUGACAUAUCCCAUCCUGAUCUCUAUCGGGACAGUCCUCAGUGUUCCUGGAAAUGCAGCUGUGGAUCUCCUGAAACAGGAGGUGAUAUUCAACGUUGUCCGCCUGGCCGCCACCAUCAUCAUCUGCCUCGGCUUUCUGCUGAUGCUGUUGCCUGAAGAGUGGGAUGAAAUGACGCUGCGAUUCAUCAAUAGCUUGAAGGAAAAGAAGAGUGAGGAGCGCGUGGAUGAGGUGUCGGACCCUGGAGUGCACCUGCGGAGCAGGAGCAGGGUCAACGGGGCCGUGUCCAUACCGCUCACCUGAACAGGGACACAGCUUGGAUGCACGUGGAUGUAUAUUCUGUGAAUAUGAUAAAAUUUUCUCACUACCUGUACACUCAAUCAACAGUAUUAACUCUGAAUUUGAAUAAGUCAUAUUGUGAAAUAAUGCCAACAGUAAAAGUUUACAUUUAUAUGCUUAUCAAGAAACUGGUGUAAAUAAUCAUAAUAAAUUUUUUAAUGAAGACAUAUCCAUCUUUGUCCU